CAGAGACAGAACUUGGAACGAUCGAUCGAGAAACCAGAGAAAAAAUGAAGCAGAUCUUCGUGAAAACUCUGACGGAGAAGACGUUAGUUCUGGAGGUCGAGAGUAGCUACACCAUUGACGAUGUCAAGGCUAAAAUCCAAGACAAGGAAGGAAUUCCAUGUGAGGAGCAGCAGUUGAUAUUUGCUGGGAAACAACUUGAAGAUGGAAGAACCUUGGCUCACUACAACAUCGAAAAAGAAGCAACGCUUCAUCUUGUGCUGAGCCUGAGAGGGGGAGGGCGCCGAACCAUUAGGCGAUUUUGGGGCGAUUGGAGAGUGGAGCCAUCACUGAAGGCUUUGGCUUACAAACACAAUCUGGACAAGAUGAUUUGCUGCAAAUGCUAUGCUCGUCUGCCCCCAAGAGCCACGAACUGUCGGAAGAAGAAAUGUGGUCAUAGCAGUCAGUUGAGACCUAGGAAGUAGUGGCAUUUCUGAGUACACUGGUAAAGAUCGACUUGGGAGUAUACAUAAAGUAGUUGAUUUGUAAUUUUGUAUACACUUUGCUAGUUGCUAUUCUGUUUCUCUUUUUCCUUUCUUUUUCUUUGUGGCUGCCCUGGUAUGGCAACUUGUGAAGAAACUCAAGUUGCUGGAUGAGUAAAAUGUAAUCCUUGGGUUUGAUUCUUACGUUACAAACUAAUACGGAGUAAUAAUAGUAAUCUCCUUGAAUUGUUUUUUGAGAAAAUUGUCCAACAUAGGACUAAAACUCAACCUUUUUCUCAAAAUAGGAUCACAUGCAUGUUUUUCUCUAAAUAGGACUACUUACCUUUUUUUACCCCUAAUUCUAUUUAAUUAAUUAAUUGAUCUAAAUAAUUGCCCCUCUAGUUUCCUUGCACAACCAAGGCAGUCCGUCAGUGGCGGGGCAGCCCGUGGUGGCGGCGGUACUUCGGCAGCGGCCGGCGGCGGAUUCCGGCUGCGGCGGCGGCAACUCCGGCAAUUAAUUAACCCAAUUAAUUGCCCCCCCUAGUUCUCUUGCACAACCAAGGCAGUCCGUUGAUAGCGGGGCAGUCCGGAGGUGGCGGCAGCGGUUUCCUGCAGCCGGCGGCAAGUGGUGGCAGAAUGUUGGCAAAAAUCCAGAAAAAAAUCUGAAAUUUUUCUGGCGGCGGUUGCCGGAGCUCCGGCGGCGGCGCCCGGCGCCCGGCGGCAGGCGGCGGUCCGGCAGUCCCUGGGCAGCAGUGGUAAAGGUUGUGAGAGGUAUUUUGGUCCAAUCACUAAAAAAAAGUCCUAUUUAAGGAUGUUUAAACUAAGUACUCCUAUUUUGAGAAAAAAUACAUGUUGUGAUCCUAUUAAGGUAAAUCUCCUUUGUUUUUUGAAACUGGAAUGUAUUAGUCAACGUGUGAUUAUUCCAUGUUUUUCCCACAAAUGUAUAACCACUCUUUCUGUAGACAAAAAGGACAGUCAAUGUAAAACAGUCACUAUUUUCAUAUAAAUUUAAGAAAAAAUCGUUCCGUUUUCAUUUUUCAACAUAAACAUUUGAGCUCAGAGUGUAUAUAAUUAAACAGGAGGAAGUAACAAAGGUAAAUUUACAUUUAUGCUAUGAAUAAAUAAACAAAUAAAACAGAUCGAUUAGUUCUUGUUGAAUAACUAAUUACAUCAACACCUCUUUAUUUAGAUUAUUAAUUGAUCAAGUACUCUGGUAAUUAAUUUAUAAUCAACACUUUUCUAGAAUUGGAAUGACAAAGUAACCAUCUACCUUGCUACUUCUCUUUUCAUUCCUGUGACAUUCCUUAUUUCUUCCUCCUGCACUUUGCCUUUCUAAAUCCUCUAGUAUUUUGAGUUCCCAUCAAAUGUUUAUGUAGAAGUGAUGAUCACUUCUA